GGAAGAUGCUGGCAAGCCCGGGGAUGCUUUCAAUGACCAUUGCCACAGAUGAGAGGAGCCGGGACGUUUCACCUAGCUGCUUCGUGUCUCGGUCAGGCAGCACUUCAUCCACAGGCCAGCUGGAGAGGAGUGCCUUGAAGUCGCCUGGGGUGAUGCCAGAAUCCCAGUUGAUGCUGAAAAAUGAACUGGAACUCAUCAGAGCUCAGCUCCAAGCCCAAACUAAGGCUUUUGAGGCUCUGAGCCACUCGAUUACUUUGUUGGAGCAGGAGAGCAACCAGCAGCAGAGCCGAAUCGCUCAGCUAGAAGAGGAGUUAAGGUUUGCCACCAGCUCGUCUCGUGAGACACUGUUUGAGGGUCUGAUGCAGAAGCGGAUCCAGGAGCUUUGGAGAGCUGUGGCCAUGGAGGUGGAAGGGCUACACGGUUCCAUGAAGCAGAAGGAAAGCUGCGUGGAGAACUUGUCACAAGAGGUCCUCGAGAGCAAAAAAUUCCUUUGGGAGGAGCUGGAAGCUGUGCAAGGUGAACUGCAGCGCAUCCAUCAAAAACUGAGGGACCAGGAGGUGGACAUCACAAGAAACCUGGUCAGCAUUAAGAAGAUGCAGGACAAUCAAGUGAGGUGCACCAGGUUCCUUGCCCAGCUGAAAGGCAGAGUGUCAGGGGAUGCCUCAGAGACCAUGGACAACAAGCCCAGAAGUGACGAAGGGGACGACGCCUGGUUGGCCGACUCCCUCUCCAGCUGCAGCAUCUGGGGCGAGAAGAGGGGGCCUUUGAGAAAGAAGAGCCGAGGGAGCCGCUAUCACCACAGGAAAGCCAGUUCCUCUAGCCUCGUCCCACCCGACUCGUCUCUCCAUCAGCAGCGCAGCAGCUCCUAGCUUGGAAAGGUGCAGGACAAGAGAGCCGGGUGAAAACAGAAGCCCUCCUUUGGGGUAGAGCUUCUGACAGUGCAGAUGGAAUUAAAC